UUUAUUUAUUUUCUCAUAGUCAAAAAAAUCCAAAAUAAAUAUCCAAUUCUCUCAGCCAGAGGGGAGAGAGAGAGAGAGACUGAGCAACGAAGAAGACAAAAGGCACGAUUCUCUGAUCUUCCGAUUUCAAUCAUCUUAGCCUCGCCGAUACAAUCCCCGGCGAUUCCAUCAGCUGGAUCGUUUGGCCUUUGGACGAGAUGCCGUCGAACGGAGAUCUGGACCGUCAGAUCGAGCAGCUGAUGGAGUGUAAACCGUUAUCGGAGGCGGAUGUGAGGACGCUAUGCGAUCAAGCUAGGGCGAUCCUUGUCGAGGAAUGGAACGUUCAGCCCGUGAAAUGUCCUGUUACCGUCUGCGGCGAUAUUCACGGCCAGUUCUAUGACCUCAUCGAGCUCUUUCGAAUCGGUGGUAACGCACCUGAUACCAACUACCUCUUCAUGGGUGACUAUGUAGACCGUGGCUACUAUUCAGUAGAAACAGUUUCUUUACUGGUGGCAUUGAAAGUCCGAUACAGGGAUAGAAUUACCAUCUUGCGAGGGAAUCACGAAAGUCGGCAGAUUACUCAAGUCUAUGGUUUUUAUGACGAAUGUUUGAGGAAGUACGGAAAUGCAAAUGUCUGGAAGUAUUUCACUGACCUUUUUGAUUAUCUUCCUCUUACCGCCCUCAUAGAGAGUCAGGUUUUCUGUUUGCAUGGAGGGCUUUCACCUUCUCUGGAUACCCUUGACAAUAUUCGAAGCUUGGAUCGGAUACAGGAGGUUCCACACGAAGGACCAAUGUGUGAUUUACUAUGGUCCGAUCCCGAUGAUCGCUGCGGAUGGGGAAUAUCUCCACGAGGCGCUGGCUAUACAUUUGGACAGGAUAUUGCCGCUCAAUUUAAUCACAACAAUGGACUCAGUCUCAUAUCAAGAGCGCAUCAGCUUGUCAUGGAAGGUUUUAACUGGUGUCAGGAAAAGAAUGUGGUAACGGUGUUUAGUGCACCAAACUAUUGCUAUCGUUGUGGAAACAUGGCAGCAAUUCUAGAGAUAGGAGAGAACAUGGAGCAGAACUUCCUCCAGUUUGAUCCAGCUCCUCGACAAGUCGAACCAGAUACUACCCGUAAGACCCCUGAUUAUUUUUUGUGAUUUGUCUGUUUUUUUUUAUUUUUGUUCCCGACCAUAUAUAAUUUUUGGAAUUCCGGUUUUCUCGCUUAUGUAUCAUUGUAGAUGUGCCCUUUUUCUUUCUUUCUUUUAAGUGGAGUUCGAAUUUCCCUAAAAAGAAAAGAAAAAAACAUCAUUUUUUGGUGGUUGUUGAUGUGAUUGCUGUGAAGAGGUUUGUAGGAGAGGCGUCUAUAUAUAUAAAAAUAUUGUCUUUUCAUUUAU